AUGCCCAAGAUGGACCACGCGAACGUGACCCAAGCCAUGCUGGAUGCUGAGUCCCGCAGCGCGGAGAAGAGCAACGGCAACGAGUAUCUUUACAUCCUGAUCGUCAUGUCUUUCUACGGGAUCUUCCUCGUAGGGAUCAUGCUGGGCUACAUGAAAUCCAAGCGGAAAGAGAAGAAGUCCAACCUGCUGCUGCUCUACAAAGACGAGGAGAGAGAAUGGGGGGAAGCCGUGAAGCCGCUGCCGACGGUGUCGGGGCUGCGGUCUGUGCAGAUCCCCGUGAUGCUGAACAUGCUGCAGGAGAGCAUGGUGCCCUCCCUCUCCUGUGCCAUCUGCUCCAUGGAAGGCAGCAGCGUGAGCUCCGAAUCCUCCUCCCCGGACAUUCACUUCACCAUCCAGGAGGAGGUGCUGGACGCCGAGCUGGGCGAAGCAUCCGAAACUCUCCUCAACGAGAGCAGCGAGGGCUCGGCGGAGAACAUCCACAAGAACUCCUAG